AUGCUCUCGAUCCUGAAACGUAUAUUCCGGCGCGGCCCCGCCGUAGAGAUCCCGCCGUUCAAUUUCGCAAGGAAUCGUUUCCCUGCAAAAAAAAAAUGGCCCCCCAACGUGCGCGAGCUCUCCGCCAAACAGCAAUUCCGAUUCGAACGCAAAUACAAACGGCGCGCGCUGCUGAAGUCGAUACGGCCAGUCUGGGACAAGUCGCUGGCCCUCGUCCAGUGGUCGCUGAUAAGCUUCAUCCUGGUCUAUGGCAUCUUCUUCUACGACUGGCCACACGAUCCGCAUCGUCCUGGCGCUGGGAAGGAGCCGUUCGAGGGGCCACGAGUCUGGAUGAGGAGUAUAGGAAAGCAGCUUUGGACACAUACGGAAGACCCAGCGGGGGUAGAAAGAACCCAAAGGCCGGGACCGCAGGAGCGGCGGCGUG